AUGUCUUUGUUGCAGUGCAUCGGCCAGCUGAUAUAUGAGGAGUGGUAUGAUGUUGCAAUGCCGGAAUUGAUCGAAACCUGUUCAGCCGAAAUUGAAAAUGUUGAUUUAGUGAAGAACACGCUGAGCUUAGCCCUGGGUAUAAUCGGAUCAGUCCAAAAGAAACGGCGUGAAUUCUGGAAAGACAAUAUUCGGAUAUGCUUGGAUUCAGUGGAGCAACUGGGUCACUUCAUUACUGCAUCGGUGAAAUUAGACGGCGAUAUGGACAAAUGUGUGCGAAAUCUGCAAAUAAUCCAGGACAAGUUACAAAUCGCUAAUUCGGAACUUAUCCACUCAUCAUAUUUGGAUUUAUUAAUGCACUCAAGUGCACCAGAUAUUGAUGACACUGACAGUGCAGCGGCCAAACGAACUGCAUCUUCUUCCGAGAGCAACAGCGACCAGCAGAGCCUUUCAUGGGCCAAUAUCCUUUCAUAG